GCCGCCGCCGCCACCUCCGCUGCUCGGCCCGGUCCCGGUGCGGCGCGGCCGGCCCGCGGGGCGCGGAGCCUAGGCCCGCGGCCGGCCGCAUGAAGGACUGCGAGUACCAGCAGAUCAGCCCCGGGGCCGCCCCGCCGCCCGCCUCCCCCGGGGCGCGCCGCCCCGGCCCCGCCGCGCCGGCCGGUCCGGGCCCCGGGCCCCCACCGUCCGCCGCUGCCGCCGCACCGCGCUGGAGCGGCAGCGGCAGCGGGAGCAUCGGCCUCCGUCCGCGGCGCAAGUGGGAAGUGUUCCCCGGCCGCAACCGCUUCUACUGCGGCGGCCGCCUCAUGCUGGCCGGCCACGGCGGCGUCUUCGCGCUCACGCUGCUGCUCAUCCUCACCACCACCGUCCUCUUCUUCGUCUUCGACUGUCCCUUCCUGGCCCACCAGCUGACCCUUGCCAUCCCCAUCAUCGCUGCCAUCCUCUUCUUCUUCGUCAUGAGCUGCCUGCUGCAGACAAGUUUCACCGACCCUGGGAUCCUGCCCCGGGCCACCGUCUGUGAAGCAGCCGCCCUGGAGAAACAGAUCGACAACACAGGCAGUUCCACAUACCGGCCCCCGCCUCGGACCCGGGAGGUGAUGAUCAACGGGCAGAUGGUGAAGUUGAAGUACUGCUUCACCUGCAAGAUGUUUCGGCCACCCCGGACCUCACACUGCAGUGUCUGCGACAACUGUGUGGAACGGUUUGACCAUCACUGCCCCUGGGUGGGCAACUGUGUGGGGAGACGGAACUACCGCUUCUUCUAUGCGUUUAUUCUCUCCCUCUCAUUCCUGACGGCCUUCAUCUUUGCCUGCGUGGUCACCCAUCUGACACUGCGCUCUCAGGGAAGCAACUUCCUCUCCACUCUGAAGGAGACACCAGCGAGUGUGCUGGAGUUGGUGAUCUGCUUCUUCUCCAUCUGGUCCAUCCUGGGCCUCUCAGGGUUUCACACUUACCUCGUCGCCUCCAACUUGACAACUAACGAAGACAUCAAAGGCUCAUGGUCCAGUAAGAGGGGCGGUGAGGCCUCUGUCAAUCCCUACAGCCAUAAGAGUGUUAUCACCAACUGCUGUGCUGUGCUCUGCGGCCCCUUACCUCCCAGCCUCAUUGACCGGAGGGGAUUUGUGCAGUCUGACGCUGUGUUGCCCUCGCCCAUCAGAAGCGACGAUCCAGCCUGCGGAGCCAAGCCUGAUGCCAGCAUGUGUGUGCAGGGGCUUAAGGACCUCCUGAGGACUGCUGCUCUCUGCCUCUCCAGGAGCGGCCUGGGGGGCGCCAGGCACCCGGCACCUCCACCUGCCUAACCUGUGGCCCACCUGCCACCAUCUGUGCCUACAGGGUCUGCCCCCAAAUCUGCCCCACACAUGUGCUCUCUAGGGUCCCGGCCAUAGGGGGCAAGGGCUGGCCUCUUCGCCCCCAUCCCCACUCCAUGCCAGCCAGAGUGUAGAAAAGCCAUAUCGCAGCUGUCAGCCCAGUGGUAUAAUAAAUACUUUGCUGAAACUCGCUCUCCCCUCCUCCUCCUUACUUCCCCUUCCCCAGAUUUGUAAGGCGUCAAGACUCUUUAGGAAUCUUGCCUUACAGCCUGCCUCCCUUCCCCUGGAAUCAGGCAGGCAUAGCCAUAGUCGAGCUGAGCAGGUUUCUUCCGGAGCCGUCUGGGGUGUUGAUGGUUGAUGACGCUGCUGAACAAGUUUGGUAACUGUUUUAAGCACAACUGGUUUGACACUGUUCCCACGGCCCCCUCCGCCCCCCAGCACCAGGGUAGGUAGGUUGCAAGGAAGAUUGCUUGUACCUUUUACUCCAGGCACUGAGGGACUGAGUUAGCUCAGACUGCCCCUUGUUUUUUCAGAGGCACUGAAGGAAACCAGGGUAGGCUUUAGAAAUCUGCUGGA